AUUAAAGAAAAAGAAAAAAGAGUAGAAAGACCAAACCGGCAAUAGAUUUCUCAGAAGCAGACAUAUCUUGAAACACAUGGCAGCGAUUACUCCAUGGCUUUCUUCUCCACAGAGCUUCUCGAAUCCCCGCGUUUCCACUCGCUAUAGUUCAAGAAGAUGCACAUCACUUCCUGCUCUCGUCUCUGCUCAGGAACAUCAUCAGAUUCCGUGUAGAGAUCAGGUUGGGAUGAAGAGAAGGGAAGUCAUGUUACAGCUAGCUUCCUCUGCUUUCUUCCUUCCUUUCGUCGUUUCACCUGCAUUUGCAGAGACAAGUAUUGUUGCUUCAGAGGCUUUCCGUGUGUACACAGAUGAAGCCAACAAGUUCGAGAUAUCAAUUCCACAAGACUGGCAAGUGGGACAAGCAGCAGAACCCAACGGGUUCAAGUCUAUCACAGCUUUCUACCCUGAAGAAACUUCAACUUACAAUGUGAGUGUAGCGAUCACUGGACUAGGACCAGACUUCACUAGGAUGGAGUCUUUUGGAAAGGUCGAAGCUUUCGCCGAAACACUGGUCAGUGGAUUGGAUAGAAGCUGGCAGAAACCAGCAGGAGUGACUGCAAAGCUAGUUGAUAGCAGAUCUUCCAAAGGAUUCUAUUACAUUGAGUAUACAUUACAAAACCCUGGAGAAGCUCGUAAGCAUUUGUACUCUGCGAUUGGGAUGGCAACAAACGGUUGGUACAACCGUUUGUACACUGUCACAGGACAAUUUACAGAUGAAGAAUCUGCUGAUCAAAGCUCCAAGAUCCAGAAGGCAGUCAAGUCUUUCAAAUUCAUCUAAGAAUGUCAUUCAUUACAAUCACCAGAACCAAACAUUUUGUUUGCUGAACACUUCUUUCAAUCAAAUUCUGAGAUAAAAAAAAAACUGACUCCAUACUUUCAAGUAAGCUUUGGAUAACAAUCA